GGUAGUAUUACUUGCGUACAAAAUACACGUAUUUCAUGAAGAGUUCAACUUACGGACACACUUACCUACACAUUUGAUGGUAAUCUGUAUUCAAACAAAGCCAUCAAACAUUUAACCAAGCAAAAUUCGGGUAAAGAACAAUUUCCUCUUACGAUUUCCGUAAUAGAUCUCAAAUGAAUCCUCAUAAAUUACCUGCGCUAGACUCUUUUAUAAACACAUCAUAAAAUUCUACCUCUUAUCACUGGUAUAAAACAGAGUACAUUUCAAAAGUACAUUUUUCGAAAGCAGUGUAAACAUGCUGAAUUUCAAUCAGGGUUAUUAAACAAACUAUUAUAAAAUAUUCGGACAUAUAAGAUAUUAAAAUACAAUUCAGACACGUGAAUUUUGCUAUAGUGUUCUGACAUCUUAUAGGCAGUUUGAAAUAAGGUCUAAAGUUUUCGACACUCUCCCCGUCAUAACAGCUCAAGUUUGCAGUGACUUGACGUCAUUUUCCAUUAUGACGUCAUAUAUUGGUAGUUUAGAGAAGUAAAGGCAUAAAGUGCACUGUCAUAUUCUAUAAGGGAAUCCUUAACCUACCUGCAGAGGAGACUUCUUGACAAAGCCUAUAAAUAAUUUCAUAAUUAUUUGACUUUUAAAUAUAAUUUGUUUUUGUAAAACACAAAUGUUUCCCCAACUCCCCAAAUUGAAAGCAGUGUUUGACACUAACUUUUUCACCAUAGUAUUGUUAACUAGUCCUGCUUGAUCAGUAGCUACAUGUCUGGCUGCCUGAGGCAGUUGGCCAAGUCCCAAACGACAAGGGAAUGGGGGCAGUGCGGGAUGGAACAUUCCCCCAAAUAGUGACGAUGGACUACCGCGUAAAAUUUUCAAAGUCUAGGAGCAAAAUCUUCCAUUUCACAAAAUGACCUUAUAAACUCAUUUUAACCUGUGAUUUUACCGAUCUAUUUAUCAAACUAUGCCGUUUUAGGUGUAGAUUGUACACUUGAAUUUGCAAUGUUAUGUGCUAUAUUUUUCUAUGAGCAGAAUUGACACAGUUGUGUUCAGGAUUAGACAUUAGUCCAUUCCACAAGGUUUUUAAUUUUUCAGAAGUCCCCUUGACUACUCGUUACUGAUAUUCUGAUAGUCCAGGGCAAAAUUUACUAGCCUCGGGCUACCAGACUAGCGUUAGGGUCGAACCCUGGAUAGUGAUCCAAAUUACAUCCCCUCCCCUUAAUGUACUGCAUGGUAUGGAGGAGAGAGCAUGAGCAGGAACACAGACAUUGUGAACUGCACUUUGUGCACUGAGGAAAAUGUUGGAGAAGAGAUUCAAUAUCGGUGUUAUAUUUAAUAUCAUUGUUGUAUAUGAUACAAAAAUAAUGACUGUUGUGCUGAAGUACCAGUAGGGAAGUGAACAUUCAACAAACACCCUGAGAUAUUUGGGCUAAUGUAUACUGUGAAUCAAGUGUUAUUUUGUAAGAAGUUUAUUUUAGGUUGCCUUGGUGCGAAAAUAAUGUUCUUGUGAAUGAUUUUUUGGUUUUUAUUUAUUUUUAUUUUUUUUUUGUAGUUCAUUUGCAUAUUUGACAAUCAAAGACCGACUUCCUGUAAUUUUGUCGAGAGUAGCAGACACAGUGUACAGAAAAAAAGCCGACAUUAAAGACAGUCAUGGAUGCUACUGAGGAGCUGAAAUUCAUUGCUGGCUGUAUCUCCAAACUGAGGAAUGAAGUCCAGACCAACAAAGCAAUCAUCUCCUUGAAUGAUAAUGCCCUUGACACAGGGGUGUGGAAUGCCUCCAUAAUGGCUGUGACUGAGAAAGAGGGUGAGGAGCCAAAGUGGUUCAAAACGCCCUGGCUUUAUGUGGAGUGUUACAUGUAUCGCAGAAUCCAGGAGGCCGUGUGGCAGUGUAAAGUGUUACACGAGCUUGACCCUUUUGAGGAUCAGAAAAAAAAGGCGUUUACAGAUUCUGAGGAAGCCAUCGAAGUUUUGUUACAUUACCUGAAGGAUCUCACCGAGAAGACAUCAACAGCUACAGAGGAGGACAAGGAGGAAUAUCUACGGGAAUUUUUACAGAUUGCCCUAUGGGGAAAUCGCUGUGAUCUUUCAAUAUCGGCCUCUCAGGAGAAUUCCCAGACUGAAUCAAUCCUGGAUCAGUUACACCAUCUAGAACCAAACAUACUGAUCAAUGACACAGAUCAGGUCCUCCGCUGUCUCCAAUCCAGCAGUAAAAACAACAACAUUGAUAUCAUUCUAGACAAUGCAGGCUUUGAGCUCAUAACUGAUCUCUGUUUAGCUGAAAUUUUGUUAACUUGUGGAUGGGCAAAUUGUAUCCGUAUGCAUGGGAAAGCUAUGCCUUGGUUCGUCUCAGAUGUUACCAGCAAGGACUUUCAAUGGACACUCAGUUCUCUGAGUACAUCUUCAAGACCAGCUAUGUCUUAUUUUGGUAAGCUGUGGAGUCAACGAUUAGAAAAUUGUUCCUGGAAGCUCACCUGUGAAGAUUUCUGGACAACUCCAUAUGAUUUUGCUGAAAUGAAAACACAUGCAUCAAGUCUAUACCAAAGUUUUAGAGACACAAAAGUAAUGAUUUUCAAAGGAGAUUUGAAUUAUAGAAAACUUUUAGGGGAUUUGGAUUGGAAUCCUACAACACCAUUUGAAAUCACACUGAGGGGGUUUCAUCCAGCUCCUUUAUGUGCUCUAAGGGCAUGUAAAGCUGAUCUGAUAGCAGGACUAGCUCCUGGUCAGAAAGAAACCGUAGAAAAUCAGGACAAAAAGUGGAUGGUGAAUGGAAAUUGGUCUGUUAUAUCAUUCUGUGGGAAAUCUAAUCAGUAACAUGUGUCUACAGCAGAAUUCCAUAUUUAUGAUUUUCCUUUGAUAUUUUUAUAUGCUUUUAACCUCACUGAAAUGAAUUUCACUUCAGGAAA